GCGAACAUUCCUACGACCUAACUUACUUGACAUUUCAGAACUUGCAAGAUAUCAGUAUAACUAGAUAAAAAUGGCGGUACAUAUCGAAUCUUCCAUGCAGUUUAGCAAACUGCUGGGCUCAUCAACUAUAGUUGUUUCCGAUUUUUAUGCGGACUGGUGCGGACCCUGCAAAGCCAUCGCCCCAACCUAUGAAUCUUUAGCUACCAAGCACUCGAAGCCAAAUCGUGUUACAUUUACGAAAGUUAAUGUAGACAACCAGCAGUCCAUAGCUCAGCGAUAUGGAGUUAGAGCCAUGCCAACCUUCCUCAUCUUUCGAUCCGGCGCGGUCAUCGAAACCAUUCAAGGCGCAGAUGUUCGUAAGCUCACGACCGCCAUCGAGAAUGCUGUGAAGCUUGCCGGUGCACCAAAGCCAUCCUUCUCCAGCCCAGGACAAACACUGGGCGGAUCUGCGCCUACGCGCUCCACGAUGGCAAGACAAUUCAGCUUUGAUAGGUUACUCCACGAUAUUAUUGCAUUUUUCGGACUCUACCUCUAUUCCCUGUUCUCAUUUGAUGCGUAUACCGCAGCAGAGAACUCACCAUUCAAUAUCCACAAGGUCCCUGCUGCACCGGCAGCAAAAACGCCCGGUGGAAGAGCUGGAGCAGCUACUCAGGUCGGAAAGAAACUAGGGACUAUCGCUGAUUUAGCGGGCAAAGACUGAAUGAAAUGCGUGGAGUUUACUAGGCGCUAUACGGGUGGCGUAGUUUUUAUAUUCUCCUUCGGUUAGAAUACCGUUAUUCUUGGUGCAAUUACAAUAAUUGAGCAAAAGUUAUGCUGGAAAAUUAUAUUCUGCGACUUCCAUCUUUCUCACUGGGCGACCUUACCAUUAUAUUUGCUGUUUGAUUCUAUCAGACACAUGCUUAUUCUGUAUUUUGGCGCCGUACAUCACUAGUCGCCGGAAUGAAUAGGACUAAUCCCCUUGUUCUCUUGUCAAUGGAAGAUCUUGUUACACGAGAAUAUAUCCUGUAACUCUAUUCAUUCUCGGCCUCAAAGAUAUUAUAACCUAACUCCAUACUUGUCCCUGCCAUUUUCUUUUAUCGACUGGAAAGUGGAGAUUCGCAGUGGUGAGGUAUCGGCAGGCCAAAACGAUGUGUUAAAAUUAAGCUUCGUGUGAAAUGACUAUUCUUCAUGAAAAACCUGGCCGUCAAAACAAUCUUCCAAUGUGUUUUUUGGUAUCUACCGUAAUUGACAUUACUCGGGGAAUCCUUGCCCCCGCCAGCCUGCAUACAACUGGAGUUUUUGGGCACUAAAGCCUGGACUUAAGUCUAAACUCCGGGUGACGUCAAGUCCUCUUGCCUAUCACAAGUGUGUAUA